CACUUUUUGCAUUUAGUUUUCCCUUGGGGCAGGGAUGCUAGGAGCCAGUGCUGUCUGCCAUGUACCCCCGGAUCACUGUGUCACUGCUGUGCCUCCUCCUUGUGUCUGAGACCCCCAUUGCUCCAGAAGCAGAUCAUGAUGCCCAGCUUAGUAGGAAUAUAAAUAGCACUGCUGCACUGAAGGAUUGUUCCAAGGUGGGUGCUAACAUAUCAUGCCCCAAUCAGAAGCCAGGGAGCCAAGGGGAAUCAGUGGAAGGGGCAGAAUACAGAAACAAGAGUUUCAUUGACAAGAAUCAAACUAUAGUCACAGACCUAACAGAUGACACCGGAGUGGACAGUAGACCUUGCUGGUAUACAAAGACACAGAAAAGAAAAAGAUCAUUUAAUUCCGAUGAUAAGUCUGGUGAAGAUCGAAUACUUACAGGAUACAUUAAUGGUUCUGUUCUGAUACCGCUGAAUUUAACAAAAGGCAUUCUUCAGAAUACUGAUAUCACGUGGAAACAACAGGGAAACUACACUGUUAUUUAUAUAGGAAAAUGCAACAGCAGUUCCUGUAAUGUAUCACAUGAUCAUUUCAAGGGGCGCAUCAAUAUAAAAAAUAACACUAUAGAGAUAAGUCACCUUAGAAAAAAUGACUCUGGAGAAUGGAAAAUAUGUAGCCGUUUUCAAAAUACAUCUGAAAAAGACCCGGAGAACUAUCACCUUAUUGUCCAGGAGCCUCCUAUGGCCAAGUCUGCCGUGCAAGGGAAUCCACAUAAACACAGUAAUGCCACAGGUGAUGACACUUCAUCGAACAAGCUUAUCCCACUUUAUGUUUUACUUCCAGUCGGCCUGCUUAUUGUUAUUGUUAUUGUGAUCAUUGUUUGGGUUUUGAAGAAGAAGAAAAAAGGAUUUUCAGUAUGUUUUGCAAAGAGUCGGGGACAAACAGGAAAUAACGAAGUGGAGCUCGAGGGAGUAAGCAAAAAUAUAAAGGGGUGGAGUUCUCACUCUAUGCUAGCCAAUGGCGUAACAACACUGGGCCUGGUCCCCCUGCAAAAAAAUCUUCAAAGGGGCUCAGUGCAGACUGCAAGUUCAUCCCACCCCCCAAUCCGCCCAUAUACAUACCCCGGCCAUUGCAGGCAGUGAGUGCACAGCUUUUCAGUGGGUGGCUAUAGAGCUGAACCCACAGUCCUGGCCCCACUUUUCCCUGAACCCCCCGUGUCCAAGGGGUCUGCUUUCUAUAUAGUUACACCACUGAUGCCGAUAAUGUCAUAUAAAUAUAUCUACAUGGGCCAUAAAAUAUCAUGGAGGGUGACAUCUGGCCCUCAGGUUCCCAGCUGGGCAGGUACUAAGGGAUAUGGCACA